AUGAUACUAAAGGCUGGCCUAACAUUCGUGGCUGCCUCGUGCAUCGGCCAGGCUCAAUGGGGUUGGUUCUCCAAGGGGCGUCCGAUUUAUGACCUCGUUCGAUAUGAUAAUGCGCGCCAAGGCCCAUGGGGAUCACUACAGUUGCUUUGGGCGCAGCGAUUUUGUCAGCCUUUAACGGCUUUGGGUGGACUUCUUUUUAUUCUAUCUGUUGGCGUUGAUCCUUUUAUCCAGCAGCUUAUUGGCCUUUACGACUGUAGUACGGUGGUUGCUGAUAAAAUAGCCACAUUGGCUCGUACAAACCAAUUUGAUGAUCAGCUUCAGGUACCAACAUUUGGUCGUGAUAUUGACGCAGCUAUUUCACAAGGAAUUGGAAAAUUAGGAAACGGAUUAUAUCCCGACUGCGCAACUGGAAAUUGCUCAUUUCCAAGUUCUUACGGCACUUUGGGAUACUGCAGCCACUGUGAAGAUACGUCGGAUGAGAUUACUAUUGACACGACUUACAUUCCUAUUGAAAAUUCAACCGUGGAGCCAUAUUACAAUGAAACGAUCAUAAUUAAAUCUAGUCUUCCUGAGGGAAUCUAUUCGAUAAACAAUCAAACAGGGCCCUCGCGUCUGAACGUUACGUAUUCAAUCAACAUUUCUAAGUCUGCUCCUCACGAGAGUUACGGGCCGAAUGGAGUCGAAGUAGCUAAAAUGAGCCUCUUUGCUGACAGUUACGACGACGUUGAAAGGCCAAAAAGGCCUGAGAGAAUGACAGUCAAGAUACUCGCUGGAAAGACGUCAUUCUCUGAUAGACAUGUUGACAUGUCCACCGGACGAACUAUGAAGGGUUGUGAAAACGGGACUUCGGUUAAUAAAUGGAGCUGUAGGGGAUACGGCGCGGCUACUUGUACAGUCCAACCAUGUGUAAGGAUAAAUAAUUCCACGGUAAAAGCAGGCCGCUUUACUGAGCACCUAAUUACUCAAUCAGACGAUGUGGUAUGGGGCCAAGAUCCUGUACAACACGGAGGGCUUGGUAUUAUAGAUACUGAAUGCCUUACGCCCCAAGACAAAAGUACACUAGGAGGCUAUGGGUAUGUUGUUGACGAAACCCACCGCUGGCUUCCUUACAACGUCUCGUUCGAUAUUGGUUCAAGUAAAUCAUCAACUAUGGAUAUGACUAAUUCACUUCUUACCCGGAAGUGUUUAUAUUUCAUGGAUGCGGGUUUUGUAUCCAGCUUCGGACCUUUUAUUAUAGGCGCACACUUCGGAGGUGCCUUACGCGGAUUUGGCGUAAAUGACGUUGAAUACGGCAUGACUCUUAGCAAUUUCGAUGGGUCGGAUAUUAUAAAACUUAUGUAUGACUAUGGUCGUAUCGACUUCAACCACGUUCAAGAUAUGUUUGCAAACAUAUCCGAGUCCUUAACUACUUAUAUUCGGACUAAUGGGGACAAAAACUAUUCGGAGCCCGCCGUUGGCCAAGUUUUCCAUUAUGCUACCUGCAUAAGGGUACAAUGGCAAUGGAUCACAUUCCCGUCGUUAUUAGCUUUUCUGACCGUACUGCUAUUCAUAUGGACCGUAUGUUCUAAGGAACCUAGGAGCUUCCCGGCUUGGAAGGCGUCCCCUCUUCCUUGGCUCAUGUAUGGGCCAGAGAGCUCCAGACUUUUUGACCUGGACGAGUUGGAAGAGAUGGGAUAUGACGCUGAUGAAAUGGAGAAUAUAUCUAAGGAGGUUAUAAUCACUUGGAAGCUCUUACCUAAUCCGCACAUUCAGAUGUAA